CCUCCCCUACCCCCAACAGGAGUGAGACAAGGGCCAGGGCUAUUGCCCCUGCUGACUCAGUAUUGGCUGAUCACUGCCUAGAACUGAUAAGGUGAUCAAAUGACCAGGCACCUUCAACCUUUACCCUGGCAGAAGCCUCUUGUUCACCCCUUUUCCUGCCAGAGCCCUCCAUUGGGAGGGGAUGGGCGGAAGCUGUUUUCUGAAUUUGUUUUACUGGGGGUAGGGUAUGUUCACUGAUCAGCAUCCAGGUCAUUCUGGGCUCUCCUGUUUUCUCCCCAUCUCAUUACACAUUAACUCAAAAAUGGACAAAAUCAUUUACACUUGCCUCUUACCCGACCCUCAUUUUCGUAACCCCCAUAGCCGUCAACCCUGUCCCUGAUUUCAAUUCCUUUCUCCUUUCUUCUGCUCCCCAAUAUCUCUCUGCCAAAUUGCAGUAAAGUGGGAUAAGGUUGAGAGAUGAGAUCUACCCACAAUGGAAUAAAGAUACCAUGAGCUUUCCAUGGUAUGAUGGGUUGAUGGUAUCCCAUGGGUUGAUAUAUCAGAGCUUUCCAGAGAAGUAACUUGGAAAUCCUGCUUCCUGCUGCAUUCAAGUCCAAGGACCUCAGAUCUCAAAAGAAUGAACCUCAAAUAUACCUGAAGUGUACCCUCUUAGCCUCCACUAAGGGCUGUACCCCCUGCCUCUCACCCCAUCACCAUGAGUCUUCCAUGUGCUUGUCCUCUCCUCCCCCAUCUGUCCAACUUGUUUAUCCUAACAUAAUCCCUGUCCCACUGGACCCAUCAUAGUUCCUGUCACCUGACGGGGGUGGGUAAACAGACAGGUAUAUAGCCCCUACCUCUCCAGCCAGGGCAGGCACAGACGCCAAGGACAGAGACGCUGACUAGGCCGCUUUCCCCACUGUCACCAACAUGAAGCUGCUCGCAGCAACUGUGCUGCUUCUCACCGUCUGCAGCCUUGAAGGAGCUUUGGUUCGGAGACAGGCAGAGGAGCCAAGUGUGGAGAGCCUGGUUUCUCAGUACUUCCAGACGGUGACUGACUACGGCAAGGACCUGAUGGAGAAGGUCAAGAGCCCAGAGCUUCAGGCCCAGGCCAAGGCUUACUUUGAAAAGUCAAAGGAGCAGCUGACACCUCUGGUCAAGAAGGCUGGAACGGAUCUGGUUAACUUCUUGAGCUAUUUCGUGGAACUUAGAACACAGCCUGCCACCCAGUGAGGUGUCCAGAUCAUUGUCUUCCAACCCCAGCUGGCCUCUAGAAUACCCACUGGCCAGGCCUGGAGCUCCUCUCCCUACCCACUCUUUGCUACAAUAAAUGCUGAAUGAAUCCA